AGCAUUGACAAUAACCCGAAAAUAGAAGGACGGCCAAGUUCAAAAUAGCCAUUUUUCUGCACCGAUUUAGUGCGUAUUGAGUUUGUUUUUCGUGGAUGCUGGAGGCCACAAUCAACACUCUAAACUUCUAAACCUCCACGGCGAUGAUUUGAGUGAAAUUGCACGCAGACGUUGAACGACACUCACUCGAACUGGUUGGAAGUGGUUUCAUUUCAAAAAUUUUCUUUGUGUUUAGUUUCAAAAAAUAAAUUUUAUUUUUGUUGUGGAGACUCAGUUCGUGCGGAGCCUUUAGACGGGAUAGAAGACAACAUGACGUCAGAAACGAAGGGUAGUCCCCUUUUGCAGUACAUUGCCGCUGUCACAGGCACCUUGGCCAUCGUCACCGACGGCAUGAUCUACGGCUGGUCAUCCCCCAGCCUCCCCCAGCUGAAAAACAACGCUUCUUGCACCGUUUGCAUUGACGAAAACCAGGGCUCGAACCUGGCCGUCAUGCCCCUCGUGGGGGCCGUCAUCGGCUCGCUCACCGCCGCCACCAUCGUCGACAUCCUCGGGCGAAAACGCACCAUUCUUGCCACCGCCGUCCCCUUCUUCCUCUCCUGGAUCAUGGUGGCCUUUGCUCGGAGUGUUGUCGUGCUCUACAUCGCCAGACUCAUCGCCGGCAUCGCCGACGGGGUCACCUUCACGGUGGUCCCCAUGUACAUCGGGGAGAUCGCCGACCCCCAGGUGCGGGGGAUGCUCGGCUCCAGCUGCUCGGUGACCUGGAUCGCCGGUUUUCUCAUAAUCAAUGUGAUUGGCUCGUAUUUGAGCAUCAAAACCACUGCCUUGAUCUCCUCCGUGGUCCCCGCAAUCCUCUUUAUCACCUUCUUGUGGAUGCCGGAGAGUCCGUACUAUUUGUUGAUGAGGGACCAGCCAGACGCGGCCCGGAGGGCCCUGGAAAGGUUCAAGAAGGGCAAGGAUGUCUCCGGGGACUUGCACCGGAUUCGCACUGCGAUCCAGGCCGAGGAGAAGUCCCACAAAGGCCGAUUCGUCGAUUUGUUCCGGGUGAAGAGCAACCGGAAGGCGGUGUUGAUCAUCGGGGGGCUCCGGGGCUUCCAGCAGUUGGCCGGCACCACCGCUAUUGCCUUCUACACCCAUGAGAUCUUCCAAACUGCCGGGGACCACAUUUCCGCCCAUUACGCUGUGAUGAUCUACUACUCCAUCCAACUCGUCCUCACCAUGUUUUCCUCGAGUAUCGUGGAUAGGGCCGGUCGAAGACCUCUGCUGCUCAUCUCCAUGGCGGGCUCGGCUUUGGCCCUCUUCGUCGAGGGGACCUAUUUCUACAUUUUGAACGAAACGUCCAUAGAUACUAGCUCAUUUUCGAUCGUGGCCGUUGUAGGGCUUCUAGCUUUUGUGAUAUUGUUCAGUUUAGGGAUGCAGUCGAUCCCGAUUUGCAUGUUAGGGGAGUUAUUCCCCACAAACGUGAAAGCUUUCGCGCUUUGCUUGGCGGAUGUUUAUUUCAGUGUGAUGGCCACAGUGGCCUCGAAGUACUUACAAAUAACUAAAGUGGAAUACGGACUACAUGUCUCGUUUUACGGUUUCGGGGUUUGUUCACUUCUUGGACUAGUUUUUAUUUAUUUCUUCGUGCCCGAAACCAAAGGAAAGACCCUCGAAGACAUACAGAAAAAACUAAGAGGGGAAGUCGACGACUACGAUGAAAAAACCACCGAAGAAGAGAAAGUUAGUCUCAAAGCGUAACCCAUUGUAAUUUUAUUUUGUUUUGAAUAAAGUAUUUUUAUAAU